AUGUGGAUACCUUGGGCUUCUCCUAAAAGAAUUGAGGGGCCAGAUGGACGAAACUUGCAGCUGCACUUCAGGUCAAGGUUGUCUCUUCCCCUUUUCACUGGAGGAAAAGUAGAAGGGGAACAGGGUGCUGCAAUCCAUAUUGUUUUACUUGAUGUGAAUACAGGUCAUGUUGUAACCUCUGGACCUGAAUCCACCAUAAAACUUGAUGUUGUUGUGCUGGAAGGUGAUUUCAACAAUGAAGAUGAUGAGGGUUGGACCGAAGAAGAAUUUGAAAGCCAUGUUGUGAAAGAGCGUGAAGGAAAGAGACCACUUUUGACUGGGGAUCUGCAAGUGACGCUCAAAGAAGGUGUGGGAACCCUGGGAGAGCUUACAUUUACUGAUAACUCAAGUUGGAUAAGGAGCAGGAAGUUCAGGCUUGGCCUGAAGGUCGCCUCAGGCUUUUGUGAGGGCAUACGUGUGAAUGAUGACCGGAUUAUUCUUGACAAGACUCUUACUGAUCAAGUGUCUAUAUGGAAAAGCAGCAGAGGCCUGACUGAUAAGGUGGUCUUGGACCAUGAUUGCUCUGGAGAAACAUGUACUUACUAUCAAAUUGGAGAUGUAUUUGUUUGUGAGAAGACUGGUUUGUGA